UUCGCGCAUUGCUAGUAGUAUGCGGUGAAGAGUAAUGUAAUCGGAAACAACUAUUUUCUUGGCAUUGUAGAUUAUUUAAGAUCCGGAGGUUUGAGAGCCACUGUGAUUUUGUUUCUCCUUUCGUUUAAAAGCCGUAAAUGCAUUUAAAAGCUCUCAUUGGAUGUAAACUGUACCCACAAAAUAUUUCACAUGAUGAUAAAAAUGUGAGAUCGAAAUUUUUCGAUAUUUUGGAAAAGACCUAAUUGAAUUUAUUCAGUAAUAUGCAAAUUAAAAUUUCAGCUAUUUUUUUUUUUUUUACAGUAAAGGCUGUAUUCUCAGUUGUAAAUAACUGCAGUGAAAAUGAGGCAUAGUCUACGAUCAUUGAAUGUUUUGAGUUGAUUAAGAAAAAUUGAGGUGAUGUAUGUUUUGCAUAAUUUUUGAAUUGAGUUUGAUCUUCAUUGAUGAUGGAACCGGUAGUUGAAAGAGAAUUCAGUGCCUUGGGUGGUCUCUUUCAGCACAUCAUAUCAGACCUGAAAAACAGUGCUCCAGUGUGGGAGGAUUUCUUAUUGAAAGCUAGUAAAUUUCAUGCACAGCUCAGGUCCACUAUCCUAGCCUCUACUUCAUUUUUAGAUUCCUUCCAAAAAAUUGCUGAUAUGGCUACUAGUACUAGAGGUGCUACUAAAGAAAUAGGAUCUGCACUUACUCGUUUAUGUUUAAGACAGAGAAGUGUAGAAGCCAAAUUGAAGAUAUUUUCAAAUGCAUUACUAGAAGCUUUAAUCAGCCCUCUCCAAGAAAAAGUAGAGGAAUGGAAGAAAGCAUCUAAUAAUUUAGAUAAAGAACAUACUAAAGAAUACAAACGUGCAAAGCAAGAGUUAAAAAAGAAAUCUUCUGAUACACUAAGACUUCAGAAAAAAGUCAAGAAAGUUGGUGUUAUUGACAUUCGACGUACACUGGAUUAUGCUCUGCAAGAUGUCACAGACAAAUACCUUUUGCUCGAAGAAAUAGAGAAGCAGUCAGUGAGGAAAGCAUUAAUUGAAGAACGAAGUCACUUCUGUCUAUUUGUUGGCUAUUUACAACCUGUUUUGGAAUCUGAAUUAGCAAUGCUGCAUGAAAUUAACCACAUCCAAGAAAUCAUUGAUACCUUAUCCAAGAUCACCGUGGAUCCUCAUCUUCUGCCUUCAACCAGCGAACAAGUUAUUGCUGAUGCCAAGCAUUCUGAAAACACAUGGUCUUUUCAUGCGACUCCACCAGGUUCCCCUGGUUCAUUAGGCUCUCGGAAAUCUAGUGUUUGUAGUAUCAGUAGUAUCAAUAGUUCAUCUAGUGGUAGUUUGAAAAUCUCAUUCAUCAAGGCAUAUCUCACAUUCUCAAACUUUGGUAGAAAGCAUUUAAAUAGUGUGACAUCUCAAGAUUCUGGUUUUACAUCUCAGGAUACAUUAUUUGUAAAUAAUAUGGUAGCUGCUGUAGAGUGUUCUUCACAGUUGUCCGCAUUUCAAGAGCUCACUUCUACAACUCUUAGUACCCCUUCUUCUCCAGUACCUUCUGUUACAUCAACAUGGCCAAAUUUACAAGAAACAGGUCCUCCUGAAAAAGAACCACCUGUUUUAAACAAAUACCAAAGGCCUCAUACCAUUUCAUCUGCCUAUGAGAAGUCCAGCCAUAAUAGACCUGCUUUAACAGUACAUACAUUUUUACCUCUUGAUCAGAGUUCUGAUUUUAGGACAAAUUAUUGCACAGUAGGAACCUUUAAAUCAUUUGGGAGUAAAUUCAAAGAUCGAAAUUGCAGCAGUCAGCCAGGGACCCCUAUUUACAGUCGACCAUCCUUGCCUGAGAGAACUGAUGACAGCAGCAGGCCAAAACCAUCUGUUCCUGAAAAAUCAGCCUCUAUUAAAGCUAAAUAUGAUAAGUUACAUAAUGAGCCCAAUAAAAGUUUACCAGAUUUUAACAGAACUCCACCAGAUCAAGUUGUUCCUCAUCCAGUAUAUGCUAAUACUGCAGACUUUGUGACAAAGAGUUCAUCCAGUGAAGAAAUCAGUCUCUGCAAGGCAGAUAAGACAAAUGAAGUGCAGAGCCGGAAGAAUUUUGCUACUGUCUUAAAUGAAGGACUCCUUUUGCAGUCAAAAUGGAAACGAGCAGACAGGGCAUCACUUUCUGAGAAUGAGGCUGCUCCUGCAGUACCUAAGCAUUGCCGCCCAUCUGGAGGAAUUAGUGAGACAUUGCCUAGAUCUAGAGGAAGUUUAUCAGAAGAUCAAAUAUUAGAGUGGCAAAUGUAUUCUAUGCACUUACCUAAUGAUACUACUUUAUUAACUUAUAAUGGAAACCAGCGGAGGCCGAUGUCAAUUGCAGCAAAACAUUGCAACGAGUUGGUUCCGCUCACUAACCUCCACCCCGUUCGUAGAUCAUCUUCAAUUACAUCAUCGGCUCAACUGAAGAUGAAUGAAGGUAGUAUUGUUAAUAAAAGUGAAAUCAACUCUCAAACACUUAGUUCCGGUGCUGGUGAAGUGAGAUAUUCACCAAACUUAAGAGAAUUUAGUAAAAGUAGCUCUGCACUGCCUUCACCUCAAGAAAAAUUUGGCCAUACAUUGAGACAUGUAGAAAUAAAUAAUUCCUUUGAUAAUAGCAGCAGUAGUAGUUCUCCAAAUAAAGACUCAUCAAGUUCUGAAAAUAGCAUAGUCACUGAUGUAUCUGACAGUAGAGCUCGUUUAAUACAUGACUUAAAUUUUGCUCUACAGCAUCAACGAAAACCUGGCAACAAGAAACCAAGUCAAAACGAAGCUCCUGUUGUUCCACCGAGACACAGUUCAAAGGAACAGCAUUUUCAAAACAGUUCAAAAGCUGAUGAUCACUGUAUGGCAGAAAAUGCUUUAUAUGGACAUUGUAUGAGAAAAGAAAAAUCAAGUCACACAUUCAGUGCUAAGCCCGUCUCAUCUCAAGAUAUUCAGCGACAAUUUCAUCAGAAACCACGUUUAAAAGAAUGCCUGUCUCAAGGUGAUUUGUUGCAGUGCACUAAAGACUGGGAUAGAACUUUUGAACAGAAAAAUAGCAAUGGGAAUGAUUUGCCAGAUAAUGAGAAACUCUUGAAGAGAUCUUUCGUUGUAGCUCUAAAUGCUAGACUGGCAGAACAUCAGCGAAUAGAAUCACAGGAAGUUGACAAGCAGUGUGCUGCUUCUUGGCAGUUGAAAAAUGACAAGAAUUACCACUCAUGGAAUUCUAGCUUCGGCCGGUUACAACCACAGAUAUGUCGUGAGUCUCUGAUGGACCAAAUAAAACGUGGGACGCGGCUUCGGAGGGUGACGUGUAACGACCGAUCUUCUCCACGAAUAGCGUGACGGUUGUACGUGGUUUUCAUCUGCCACAUGUAGUCUGUGGUUAACUGUUCAGAAAUGUAACAAAUAUGAUUAUUUGUGACAUUUUAUGUACAUGUGAUGAAUGUGUGUGAAGUUUUAUUGUAUUUAAUUUCAUUGAUUCUUACUAUAUAUUUGGGAAAUUUCUUUUUCCAGCUACAAGUACAAUGUUUUAUGUUCCCUGCUGUUUUUGUAUUUUGUAAUUUAGUAAAAGUUACUAAGUAUUGAAGUUUGAUGGAGUAAUUCCCUUCCUUUGCUCACAAUUGUUUGCAUUUUUUCUAAAGUUGAAAUAUAAAAGAGUGUGUAUUAGUAUCUGACAAAAUUCAGCCUUUGCUUGCCAAUAUUUCAGUUGAAAGGUCUCAGUGUGGUUUGAGAGAGGUUUCUAUGGUUUAGGAAAAUACUUUCAAACAAACAGGGAUCAUGUGAAGUUAAUCCAAUUAAUUAUUUUUUCCAUCUUUUGUAAAUCUCUAGUCAGAGGUGUUUAGUUUUAAUAGGCAGAAAUAUGUUAGAGUAGUACAGUAAAGGAAUACUGUUGAAGAAAUGUAAUGCCAAUUUCAUACUUCAAUCUUUGCCUGCUGGAAGUUUAUAUUCAUUUUCUCUGAGUUUAACAUUUUUUUUCUUCUUUAUCUAUUAUAGAGCUCAAGAAUCAUGGAACAUUCCUGUUAAUAAGGCAGCAGUCAUCAAUAAACAUAGGGAAAAGAGCUGGCAACACUAACUAUACAUUCACUAUGCACUGUUACUCAAAAAUGGGAUGUGUAUAAAUGUUUGAGAAACAUUUUAAGAAUUUUAUGAAGUGAAUAAUUCCAUCGAACUAGUUUUGGGUUUUUGAACAUGAUAUUUACCGUGAAUAACCACUUUUCCCCAAAGCAUUCAGUCACAGAUUCUUCAGAAUUUAGCAGUUGCCAAAUUGUAAAAUUCUCCUGGCUUCCUUUGUCAAAAUUUCAUAUAAAAAAUGCAUCUGGAUCAAACAUGAUUAAUCAGAACAUAUGAUACAGUUUCCAAUAUAAGAGUAUUAUCAUUAGCAUACCUGCACACAUUUUGGCUGCUGCCUCUUUACAGAAGAGUAUCUAAAUGUUUUUCUGAAAGGAUAUUUAUUACAAGUACCAGCUUUUCUGUGAAUCAAUAAUGAAUUUUCUCACUGAAUCCUUGGACAAUAUUUUAUCUUGUUUCUUUAAAAUUCCAUGUAAUGCUGAAAUAUUUUUAACUUAUAUAUGCCUUACUUCUUUAAAGAUUUGUAACUGCAAUAUGUAAUUUUAUGAAGCAAGACAUUCCCUUAUGUUUAGUGGAAAAAUUAUGUGUUUUGUGAGUGAAAGGAAGCAUUUUAUUCUUUUAGAGCUUAUUAGAUGCACAACUAAAGGUUUGACAUUCUAGCAUUAAGUUCCUUAUUCGGUAGAAUUCUGAUAAUUCACAGCCACUUGAAUGUGAGUAAUUUACUCUGAUUUUUGGAUGCAAACAAACAAAUCUUUGGUUUCUCAUAAAAUUCAUCAUGCCAGUUUUUUUUAAUACGAAUAUGUAUAUGUUGAAGCUAUUAGCAUUUUCUAUACACGUCAUACUUGUAUUUUUAUAGUAAACACAGAUUAUGAAUAUUCAUAAUUUGAAUUUUAAAUAAGUCCUUACUUCUGGAUGAAUAUUCCAUUAACUGAAGAAAAUUAAGUUAGUUAAAAGUUAAUUUAGCCACUGCUUUUCAAAUGUUAAAUUCAACUUCAAUGCACUUCGUAGACAUUUUGUUUACAUUCCAUACAAUAAAUAACACUAAGAACAAAUAUCAAUAGAUUCUUUAUAUUAAAAAAAACUGUAGAGAUAUUAUUUGAUUACUUGCAUUAUAAAUGGAAGUCAUGGUAAUGAAGUUUAAAAACAACAGACAUUUUUUUAAAAAAUAAAUCCAAAAUUUCAAUUCUAUUAUUUUUUAUAAAUUGUAGGAAGUGUUAUUAAACCUGCACAUAAACAGAACAUAAUGGUAGAAUUAGUUUAAGGAAUGGGAUUUUGUGCACAGUGUAUUUAAAUUUUCAUCUGUUUUUUCUUUCAUACUGUUAGUGCUUCUUGAAAAAAUUCUGUGUUGUUUGCUCCUUUUCUCUUGUUAUAUUCCACCCUUUACACUAACAUUAUUUUCUUUUUAUAUUAAAAUGUAUUAAAAUAAAAUAGUUUAAUAUCAAAUAAAUCUGUAUUAGAUAAUUUGUAAGAUAUGAUUUACAGACAAUCCAAAAGUUAAGCAAAAAUUAGAGAGGGAAGAACGUAGGCAAAACUUGGAAAGACAUGACAUUAUAACCUGCAAAAUUUUCUAAUCUGCACAGAUAUUGGUACCAAGGGGUGCAGAUUAUCAGAAUUCUACCGUACUAUAAAUUUGUAUGUUUAAAAUAAUUUUUCUUGUAUUUGAAGUUGUAAACAGAAAUUUUGGAUUUUAUUUAUCUAAAUUCAUUUUGCAUUAUUAAUUGAGUAAGAAUAUAUUUUUUGCAUGUAAAGCAUAGAAUAAAUUAUGAAAAUGAUACCAAAAAUUUUUGUUUUAAAAGAGUAUUCUUAAACAUGUAUAUAAUCAUGCUAGAGGAUUGAUUUAUUUUAUGUUGCUCAAUUUGAUUAGUUUAUCGAAUAUUUAAUUUUUAAUUCAAUUAUGUUUGAAUGUGACUAUGUGUUGGAAUUCAGUUUUCCUCCGUGAUUUUCCCCUGUCCUGCCAAUGACUGUGUGUGUCUUUGAAAACCACUCCUUGUUGUUUGUGUAUAGUAAAAAGCAUUAAGUUUCGAGUGCUUUUUGAAAAUGUGUGCCCAUGUACUUAUUUACUUGCAUGGUUGAAGCUCACUUUUUUAUUGAAUUAGCUUUUGUAAAUUAUCAAAAGAAAAUUUUUACCUUUGCAUUGCUUUUAUUACUAGUAUAAAAGAUUUUUUUAAAUUACAUACAGUUUAUAAUCCGAAUUUAAUAAUAGUAAUGCUUACCCCUUUGGCUAUUGCAUGUACUUUUAAUACAAGAAUUUCAAAGAAAUUUUGAGGAACUUUUAAAUGUACAGCAUAUUUUAAUACUUUUACUAUAAAAUUUUGAUAUUACUGUGAAAAUAUGUCUUUUUUUAUGAAUGUUUAUAAUUAAAAUUACAGCAAACACUUUUUUUAAUUAAUUAAAACAAUUCUUUAAAUAAUCCAGAACUUUAUAGAAAAUUUAUUUUGUUAUGGCAGAAAUAGAUUUGAACAAGACUUUUAAAUUUUAAAGAGGAGGUAAAAUUUUCUAGUCUUUUCGUUUUUAAAUAUUUUGAAAAAAAAAAAAUUCCCAUUUUUUAUAGCAUUUUUGAUAGUUAUUUUGUCCUUAUAUAAUAAAGCAUGUAAAUAAAGCAUCUUUUACACAUAAUGCAUGGGAGAGUGCAGAAGUAGGUAUAUGAUAGUUACUAUAUAAAAAUAUGCUGGUAAUUAUGAUUAUUACAGUAACCUUGUUAAGUCGCAAUAAGAGUGACAGAUUCUAAUUAAAUACAAUUUCUUUUAAAUGCUCAAAUAGUCACAUUGGAGUGUUUACACAUUUUAUUUUGAUUCUCAAAAUGUUAAUUUCUAGACAAAUUCUUGUCUAAAAAAUGCUGUAGAACCCCUUUUCCUGAAAAGGAGCAUAAAAUCUUCAUUGCUAUGCUAUAACCAUUAUGUGGUAUACCUACUUUUGCUUCUUCCUGAAAACUCCUAAAAGUUUUUGUACUUGAUAUAGUUUCUGAUAUUUCAUAUAAAAUGUUAAUUCAUUUUGAAAUAAUGCAAAUUAUAAGCAUGCCAAUAUAUUUAUUUACUAUAUGAAAGUAAAUAAUAGUACCCAGUAUUGAAAUUUAUGGUCUAGAAGAAUGAAUUUUUUUCUAAUAUCAGUUAACAGUGUUAUUAUAAAACAUUAUUAAUAUUUUUGUGUUAAAAUAACCAGUAAAUAUUAUAAAAGAAAAGUAAAAGUGUUAUAUAAAAGACUUUAAAUUAUCAAAUUCAUUUCAGUUUACGAAACAAGCCAUAAAAUUCCUUCCAAAAGUUCCAUAUCAGUAAUGUUUGUAAUAUAUAAAAGCAUAUGUUAGGCCUACUAAAUUGCAGAGAUGUAGUGAAGAACUUGACAAAUGCAUCUUCUUGAAAAAUUUAAUGCAAAGUUAAAUUACUAAACUUGUAACAUGUGAAAUCAGCUUUAUUUUCCCCUUUUAAGAAAGUUGGUUGUCUAAAAUUACAGAGUUUUUUUAAUAUUUACCCAAACUUAAAAGUUGUUACCCUGACUUACAGGAAUUUACCCAAGCUUAUGAUAAAGCUUUUUUCCCACAUGCCUUUGUCACUUUUUGUUAUAUUUCUGCUAUGCAUUCACCUGAUGCAAUAGAGAGUUCAAGUGCUAUUCAAGUGAACACUGUUAUUGUUGACAACAUAUUAUUGUGACAAGUAAUGAUUUGAAGACUAUGGAUCUAAUUUUACUGAUGUUUUGCCAUCCACACCUGUACUGACAAACUGUUUAAAGACCAGGUGCAUUACUUGUUAAUGAUUCAUGAUAGUGUUGCAAGCCUCAUUACUUUUCUAAUCGCUCUUAUAUCUUUUUGAAAGUGUAAUUUUUAUCCUUUAUCAUAAUGAAUUUUGUAACAUUCCUAUAGACUAUAUCCACAUAUGAUGCUAUUAAAUAACAAAGCAAAACAAUAAUUAAACAAAAACCCUGAUAAAAUAAUUUUUAUAGUAUGUAAAAAAAAAUUAUUAUUUCAAAUGAAGAAAUUCUAAUCGACUAUGUCAUGUGUAUGUCAUAUUUUUAUCAAAAAUUAAAUGUAUAUUGAUGUGUUAUUUAUAUGAUGUAUUCAUUUUGUUUACUCUUAUCAUAAUAUUUGAAUGAAAAAUGGUUAUUGAAAUAAAAUAUCAAGAAA